AUUCAGUUUGUCAGUGUUAUUGACAGCGUGUUUCAAACUGGAGGUUUAAACAUUGCUUAAUUUGAUAAAUAUGGCGGACUGCGUAUCUGGUAAAACAAUAAGCCGAACUACACUGGGAACAUCGGUAGACUUUGCUGUUUACUGCGAUAUUUGCGCUCAAAGUAAAGAAUGGAUAGAAGGUCAUGGCUACUGCGAAAAUUGUGGAGAAUAUUUAUGUGAAGCUUGCUUUGAUUACCAUUUGAAACCGAAACCAUUCAGAAACCACAAAUUGCUGAAGAAGGAGGAUAUGCCGCAAACGAUUAUUUCCAAGAAUAAACUGCCGGAUUUUGGGGCAGAGACUGGAGAAAUCUGCCAAAUACACACCAAUGAAAAGCUGAACUUUUACUGUCCGGUGCACGAAAAGUUUUAUUGUGGAACGUGUAUUGCACUUAAACAUAGAGAUUGCGACAAUGUUGAUUAUCUUCCAGACGUUGCCGGGGAUUACACAAAUAGUAACGAGUUUAAACUCGUGGAAGAAAAGGUUGAGGGUCUGCUAGUUCGGGCUGAAGAGUGCAAAUCCAAAUUGUCACUUGAUGCCGACGCAAACAAAAAGCAAACCGAGAAAGUGCUGACACAAAUUGACAAGUUCAGAGAAACUUUGAUUGACAAGUUAAACAAGCGCGAAGAAGAGGUCACUGAGAAGGUCAAUGAACAUAAUCUAAGAAAUGUUAAAACUAUAUCAGAUAAGUUAGAAAUAUGUGACAAUGUGAAAUCAAAAGUAGAAGAUUUGAGAAAGGAAAUGUUUUCCUUGAAAGCAAACAAGCAACACUGCCAAUUGUAUCUUCUGACAAAGAAACGUUCCGAUGAGCUGGAAAAAUUAAGUGAGAAGUUGCCUCAAACUGAAAAUUUAACUGAAACAGGAACGUUUGAAUUUUAUCCCAACAAAAACAUUGCUAAACUUUUGAGUCAACCAAACGCGUUCGGCGACUUUCACAAAAGUGAUACGAAUUGCAGGAAUGAAAUUAGCUUACAAGUCCCUGGAAAAAGUGUAAAUGCGAAUGUGGCAGAGAUGGAAGAUACUUCAGGCGGUAGCAAAUUUAAGGAAAAUACGAAAACUAACCCCAACAAAAGUAAGUUAAGCGCUAGUACACCUACUUUGAAUGACAAGGAUCCAUUUACGUUCAAGAAAUUGCACUCAAGUUACGACAUAGAUAUAAAAUCAUGUUCAGGCGAAAACAAGCCCUGGAUAACGGGUAUUACAAACAUCAAUGAAAGUGAUCAGCAUGCAGUUGCGGUUUACAAUAGUCAACUGAUUGCACUUGUUGAUUCGAGACAAAAGAAAAUAGUAGCCGAAAAGAAGCUGAACUGUGGUCCUUGGGAUGUGACGUCGGUGAAAUCAGGGGAGAUCAUUGCUACUCUACCAUAUAAAAGCAAGCUCGUGUUUGUCAAAGCCUCUUCCGUGAGAGGCCAGCCGUCUAAUGUGAUGGAAAUGAAGAUAGUAAAGUACAUUGAUGUAACUGGAGAUUGCCACAGUAUAACGAAUGACGGAGAAAAUAUCUAUGUAAGUUACCAAAAGCCUGGAAAGAUACAAGUUCUAACUUCAGACGGAACUGCCGUAAGAAGCAUAGAGUUCGACGCAGACGGCAAACAGCUUUUUGCGGAACCCCAGUAUAUUGCAUGCAAUGCAAGCUUAAAACUCUUAUACGUUACUGACUGGAACACAAAUGCUAUUACUUGUUUAACAACUGAAGGUCAUAUCAAGGAGACUUUCAUAGAUGAAACACUCAAAGCUCCAACUGGAAUAGCAGUUGACAAAGGCGGAAAUGUAUUUGUAGCCGGUUACCAUAGUAACAACAUAUUACAACUUUCCCCAACGUUCAAGAAUGUUCAGCUUGUUCUUGAUAAAAGAGAGCAGGUAGUUUGGCCACAAGCACUCGCAUUCUCUGCAAAAUUCAACAAAUUCUGCAUUGGCUUCCGCAAUAACGAGGUCAUGAAAAUAUUAAGAGUGAAGUAGCCAGCUGCUUUAAGACAGUUGGAGAAACAUUUAGGAGUUCUUUAAUAUUUCAUGAGCCGUAAAUAACAGUGUGAAAUGACAUUUAUUCUUCCUGGUAUUAAUUAACAUUUUACCGAUAUUUAAAAAGUUGAAUGUAGGAGAAAGAUUGUACAGCUUAAGUGUUGCUACUAACAUUUUACAUUAUUUUCAUUGAAAACAAAUACAAAAACAAAAACAAAACAAAACAACGGUAUGCAGUUCCAAAACGUUUCAAUGAUAUUGAAAGUGUUACGACAUUUGUUAAAUUAAUAAAAUAUGAUUUAAACAAUAAGUAGUGAACAUUGUGUUCCAAGAUACAACAAAACAGCAAUAUUCUGCUUUAUAUGAUAGUCGAUUGCUAGUUGUUAGUUCACAUUACCUUGUAUGAAUAAUAAUUGCAACAUGAAGAUCAGAUAUCAAACUAAAGCUAACUUAACCUUAAGAUAUAGCUCAAGAAGGACCAUGAUGAAUUUAACAGUAGAAAACAAACUUUUGCCAAAUUGUAAGUGUACCAGAGGGAAAUAUUGAAUGGAACACGUUCAGGUGGGAUGUCUUAUUCAUAAAAAGUUAAACGUUCAGUGUCUCGGUCCAAAUUACUUGUUGAUGCAUGUUUUAUUAAAUACAAGACGUUUAGUCAGUACUUAGAUGUAUUAAUCCAUAUUGUUUUAGUCUGUAUAGAAAAUUAUUCCAUAGACUUGGUAAAAGUUUAUGGCAACAGUUAUUGUUUUUUUUUUUGGUUUUUUUUAGGGGGAGUGGGUGUCAGAUAAAGUUCGAUUUGUCUGGUCAAACUAAUGUGUAAAUGACCAAAGAAGAAAAUAGCUACUGCCAGUCAAACAAAUUCAUAACAUGUAAUCAGUUUACCUGUUUUCUAGUUGAUAGUUAAUAAGUCGGUUAAUUACUUCCCUUUAUAUUGAAAUAAAACCGAACUUCAUGACAUCACAAGAAUGAAAGUCGGCAUACUGAUCUGCUUAUUACAUGUUCAGACUGCGUCAUUCCAUAUCAUUUCAAGGGAUAUAGGCUAUCCGGCUUUAAAUAUAGCUUGUGGGAUUUCCCACGCAUUUUACUGACUAAACUUUUGUGUUCAGUAUCCUUAUAAUUUAUAUUAUCUAUCUUCUAUUUUUAACUUUGUAUCCAUAUGUAAGAAUUAGAAAAUUGUACAAUGUAUAUUUGCUAACGUGUAUAACUAAUCAGUGGAAAUAAUUGCAAUAUGUUGUUUGUUUCGCUUUCAUUAUCCAGCUGUGGCAAUUCGGAAA